CAGCGCCGGCGUCUGGGUGGUUCGGUUCGCGGGCCAGCGGCGCCUCUCUGCGUGUCUCGAGAAGCUCCGGGGCACUACGGUCCCCGACUCCGUGAGGGAACCGCGGCUUCUUGGGGAGAAGACCGCUCCUCCGCCCCCCACAUCCAUCCCGCGGGGUGCGCUCCCGACCGCCCAGCGCCCGGGACUCCUCCUCGCCAGAACCUUCUUGGGGAUGGAGCCGUCCCAGAGUGGCCGCCUAGAGCACAGCGACAUCAGCCCACCGCGGAGGUCCGCGAUGAGGGUCCCCUCGGGGCUGCCCAUCCCUCCGGCGUUCUUGCGGCCGCCGGGCCUCUUACUGCGAGCCGCGGUCCCGGGGAGCGCGGGCUGCGCGGCCGGCCCGGGGCUGGAGAGGGCGGUGGGCGCGGGGUCUUGCGGCUACCCUCGGACACCCAAGUGUGCGCGCUGCCGCAACCACGGAGUGGUGUCGGCGCUCAAGGGCCACAAGCGCUUCUGCCGAUGGCGGGACUGCGCCUGUGCCAAGUGCUCCCUGAUCGCCGAGCGCCAGCGCGUCAUGGCCGCGCAGGUGGCGCUGCGCCGGCAGCAGGCGCAGGAGGAGACCGAGGCGCGCGGCGGGCUGCCGCGGGUGAUCUUCCCAGGACCCUCGGCUCCAGUUCCGGGGCACCCCGUCCAGGCCACCGCCGACACACCCCACUCCCUGCGCGCCUUGAGGCCGUCUAGGUGUCUAGCGACCCCCACUGUCGAGGUUUUCGUGCCAGAGGAAAAACAGGGACAUGAAGAGGGUAAAUGUGACUCAUACCAGAAAGGACAAGAAGAAUCAGUCCUAAAGUCCUACGAGCCUUUCUUAGGAUCAUCUCCUAAACACGAUGGUGUCACUGGGAAGCAAGGUAUCACGUCAUGUAUUUUAGAACAUGCCAACCAGCACAACAGUACCCUGUCUUCGUAUGUCGGUGAGCAAUCAGGAGAAGACAGUCCCAGGUCCUUCUCGUCCUCUGAUCUGGAAUCAGGAAAUGAAAGCGAGUGGACCAAAGACUUUGUUGCUACCAGAGCUGGCCUUCCCACAGUGGCCUCCAGGCCAAGGGAUCCUCUUGGUAUUCUCACCAAGAUUUUCCCAACUUACAGGCGCAGCCGGCUAGAAGUUAUCUUACAGUUCUGUAAGGGAGAUGUGGUCCAAGCCAUCGAACAAAUCUUAAAUGGGAAAGAACACCAUCCAGUCACCAGGGACCUAGCAAACUCAGACUUGGAAAAUGCAACCUUUCAGAGAUCUACAAAUUUUAGUUUUGCUGGAAUAGGUUUUGGGACUCUAGGUAAUAAAUCUGCCUUCUCUCCUCUGCAGAGCACACAGGCUUCUUCUGGUGGUGACUUACGUCUCUGCAGCUUCAGCCCGAGAAUACCUUUUAGUCCAAUACGUCUGGCAUAUUCUGUGCCAGGAAGAGCACUAUCUGGGUUGAUGUCCCCCUAUAUAACUCCUGGGUUGGUUCCAACACUGCCUUUCCAGCCAGCUUUGGAUUAUGCUUUUUCAGGGAUAAUUAGGGAUUCUUCUUACCUUCCCAGUAAAAAUUCAUUAAGUGGUGGGAGAAUGUAUUUUAGACACAAUCAGGAAAAUUUGUAAAGCAUUUUCUCAUUCUCCCACUCUGGAAUAUUUCUAGACCCAUAUAACACAUACACGUUGAUAAUAUUUCAGUGAGUGAAAGAGUGGGUUAUUAUGUUCCACAAAUGCCAUUGUAUAAGCAACAAAAUAGAUGUUCAAUUUGAAGACUCUUUUUAAAACAUUUAUUAAGUCAUAAGCAUUUAAAUAUUAUAUGUGCCUUGGCUGAAGCUAUUUUAAAAUAGGGAAUGUUCUCCCUAAAUUAUCUUUCCUAUUUUAAAACCAUACUUGGCUUUUAUUUUAUUGCAGAGUUGGGCUUAUAGUUGUGAAAAGUUGUAAGGAGCAAGCUAAAUGUAAUAUAAAAUGAACCAAAAGGUAGAAUUUUUAAAAGUUGAUUUAAUUCUAAGU